UUAAAUAUGGCCUGACUCUGAGACCUGGUCAUUGUUGGGAUCUCCAUACGCCGGAUCUGCUAAAAUACGCUUGAUCCAUAUGGGCCUCCUCGACCACUUGUGGGACGACACCGUCGCCGGCCCAAGGCCGGAAAACGGUCUCGGCAAGCUCCGGAAACACCACACCUUCACUUUCCGACCUAGCUCCGGCAAGGAAGCGGAGGGCGGGAGCGUGAGAUCGUACGGUGACGAAUCGUCGGAGGAAGCGACUAGAGUGACGCGUAGUAUCAUGAUCGUGAAACCGCCAGGGUACCAGAGUGGAUCGCCUCCGGUUUCUCCUGCCGGUUCUACUCCUCCGAUUUCUCCGUUUUCCGGUAAGGAGGAAAAGAUUCACUUCGGUUUCGAAGAAGGUCGGGAUCUGAUGCGUACGAGAAGAGAGGGCAGAACAGAUCAGGCCCUUCUUCUCCUUUCGAUGUGUGACGCAUUUUCUCGUACCUGAAAGCUGAGGAUGUAGCAGCUUUUUUGGCCUUUGCUGUAUUCAUUUUUGUUUAGUCUUUGUGUGCAUGUAUAAUGUCUGAAUGUCUGUAAGGAAGUUCUGCCAAGUUCAUGCGAGGUAGCUUUUGGUUUAGCUUCUUUAAGUCUUUACUUAAGUAAGCUGCGUAGUGGUUGGCAAAUCGUAAGUAGAAAGUGUAAGGGUAGAGUAGCGGUGUAUCUUUACUCCUUAUCAUGUAAUGUAUAUUUAUAAUUAAUAAGCCAUUCUGCGUUUGUUUUUGGUAUUGUUCA